AUGCUCUCACCCAACGACAGAAUCAUCCGGAUCGGCGGUCGCUUGGGACAGUCGACACGACAUGAAGACUUCAAGCACCCAAUCCUGCUGCCAGGCUCUCAUUAUCUGUCAACACUGCUACUAUUGUCAUAUCACCAGAAACUUCUGCAUGCUGCCGCGCAGCUGAUGAUCAACACAAUUCGUAUUCGUUACUGGCUCUUGGGCGGAAGAGGGGCGGCUAAGCAGAUCGUACACAAAUGCGUCAUCUGCGUACGCGCUCGACCGAAGCUUAUCGAGCAGUUUAUGUCCGAGCUCCCGGCUGCUCGUGUAACUGCGUCUCGACCUUUCUCAAAGGUUGGCAUAGACUUUUGGGGACCAAUCUACAUUCAACCACGGCAUAGACGCGAUGCACCCAUCAAAACAUACGUUGCCGUAUUCGUCUGUUUUACGACGAAGGCGGUACACCUCGAAAUCGUUGCAAACUUGACUACCGCAAAAUUUCUACAAGCCUUCCGACGAUUUGUAUCCCGGCGUGGUCUAUGCUCUGACGUCUACACAGACAACGGGAAGAAUUUUGUGGGCGCAGCCGGCGAGCUAAAAAAACCUUUUGCAAAGCGCAGAGCACAAAGGUCAGGCUCUCAUUUUGGCGGACUGUGGGAGGCGGCAAUAAAAUCGGCGCAGAAGCAUUUCACUCGGGUACUAGGCCCUCGAGUACUGGCGUACGACGACAUGGAGACUCUCCUAGCGCAGAUCGAAUGCUGCUUAAACUCCCGUCCGCUUACACCUCUAAGUGACGACCCAUCCGAUCUUGCUCCACUUACCCCGGGGCAUUUCCUUGUGGGUUCGGAAUUAAAGGCAGUUCCAGAUGUCAAUCUCGACUCAGUUCAGUACAAUCGGUUGACUCAAUGGCAGCAGACACAGAAAAUGUUCCAGGAAAUAUGGAAUCGAUGGCACCUGGAAUAUUUGGCUACGUUGCAGCCCAGAGCCAAGUGGUGCAACCCACCGGUACACAUCGAAAAGAACCGACUUGUGAUCAUAAAAGAGGAGAAUAUUUCACCGAUGCGAUGGCCAACCGGCCGAAUUCAUGAAUUUCACCCCGGCAAGGACGGCGUUGUCCGGGUUGUGACGCUACAAACAGCUCGCGGGUUCAUCAUUCGUCCAAUUGCGAAGCUGUGUCUUCUUCCUGUCUUCUCAUCCAACGAAGAAAACGUCAACGACGGCGAAACUGUCAACAACGAUAAGCUGACAAAGUUACCAGAGAAAUUGAAAUUACAAGGCCCAAUAUCUUUGGGUCCAAGGUAA